CAUUUCCUGUUUACACAGGAAGUAAAUGUCUGCUCCCAAUUGAUGACGAAAGAUCAUGUUGUGAUAUUGUUUAUUCUUCCUCAAACAUGGGGAAUUGUCUAGGAAGGUGUUUUGGUAUUUCUGACAAAAGAAGAAAGUUUUUGAGAACAAGGUACAAUGUAGAAAGAGAUAUUUCCAUAGAGUUUGAGAAUCUGAUGGACGAUGAUAAUAAUGAAGAUGAAAUGACAAGAUUGGUGACUGAAAAAGAAAAACAGCUUUUGUUGAAUAAAUCUUAUACGGACAUCGUUAAACACCAAAAAAUACUUGAUGCAGAAAUCGACUCUAAGUUGAGACAAGAAGAAGAAGAAAUCCGAGCUGAAGAAGAAAAGUUCUAUGAAGCUAAACGUGAAGCAGCACGGGUUGCUAAAUUCCAAAAAGCGAAAGAGACAACUGCCAAAAAUAAAACUGCUUCCAGAAGUGGAAAAUCAUGGCUUGGUGAUGAUGAAACAGAAUGGGAAAUUGCAGGAGGAGAAGAUGAUUUUGAUAUGUUCUUAGAAAGUGUUAGGGCACGAUCCCUCAGAAAGACUCAUUUAAAUCACGGCUCAACAGAUGGACAUAGUUCCACAAGUUCUUUAUCAGGGACACAGACCAAAGAUAAAUCAUCAUCAAUAGACUUAGAAUGGGAACACGAAGAAGGUGUAGUGCCUCAAAAGCGACAAAGGUCAUCAACUGAAGAAAAUCUUUAUGCCACCAUUGGUACAAGAAAUAAAGAAAGUCCAGCGCAGUCUGUUGAAUUAGAAUGGGAUAAUGACUUUGUAUCGGCUGACUGUGAUACAGAAAAACUUCUUACAUCUGACAAAAGAUCUCGAAAUGAUUCAUAAUAAUACACAUUCCAAUGUGAUAUAUUUUUGUGGUUGUGGCCACUUAAACUUUUUAUGAUGUAAGGUGCUUUGUUUUUUUUAUACAAAAACAAAACAUUUCAGGUAUGCUUUAUUUGAAUUCCAAUCACUCUAUUUGGUUGAUUUAUUACUAAUUUAUUAAAACAUACUUAAUCUUUCAAUCAUGUAAAUAGUAAACCCAAAGUUUGCAAUAUAUGAGUUCAGUUGAGCCGCCAACAAUAGCAGAGGUGCAUUAUGUUUUCCGUUCUAUGAGUUCGUUCUUUCAGUAUUGGGUUAAAGUUUUGGUUAAUGGUAGAUUACAGUUUUGGUUUAGGUCAGUUUGUGUUCACAUCAACUUGAAAUUUACUGCAUAUUUUCAUUAUGAAGUAAACCGUGUAAUAUAUAUGCCAAAUGCAGUUUUUGACCCUUCUUGGUUUACUGAACAUGAAUAUGUGUUUUGGUUAAAGUUUUAGUUUAAGGUAGGUAAACGUUUUGUUUAAGGUUGUUUGUGGUCACAUUAACUUGAAACUUCAUACACAUAUUUGCUAUAAAGUGAACUGUCUAGUAUAUUCCAAAUUGGGGUUUGAACAAAUUUUCCCGUUCACAGAAAAUGGAAAUGUGAUGGUGCGAGAGGGGCAUCAUAUCCUAUGAACAAAUAUUUUGUUGGUGAAUUGAUUUAUCCAGAAAUUACCUGUUUUUCAAAAUGUUAAUUAUUUUCUUCUUACCAUUGUCGUCCUCUUUAAAUACACAAAAGUGGAAUGGUAAGUUUUCUAAUGAUCUAAGAAUCCUUAAUUUGACCAUAUAUUAUUUCCUAUCCAUUUGACACAAGGUUUGAUUUGAUAUAUUUAAAUCAUUAUAUAUUGUAACAAGCAUUCCAAUGCAUAUCAGAAAAGUGUGAAUGUAGAAUAUAUGUUUUUUGUUGUGAGCAAUAUUUUGGAGGAUCCAAGUUUUAUCUAUAAUUCAGUGUAUGUUAUUGAGAAUAUAUAUAUAUACAUUUUAUAAUGAAGCCUUUAUAUCUGCAAUAAAUGCUGUGAAAAUAGA